UUCUCAUCCUUCCCUUCAUCCCAUAAAAAACACAAGCAAAUCCUAAAAAGUUCACUGAGAUAUAUAGAACUAUCUUCAAUUUCACAAAAUGAAGAAAGUGUUUGUCACAUUUGUAGCUCUGCUAGUUGUAUUUGUUCUUACAGUGACAGCUUCAGAGUCAAAGCCACCAGUCACAACAAAUUCAGCACCAAAUGACUACAAUUGUUCACAAGUGAUGAAUAACUUGUUUGUUUCGUGCGUAGAUUACCUCAUUGGUGGAGAUGCUGUUCCUUCAGGUGUUUGUUGCCAAAGUGUUAAUGCAGUGAAAGCAUCAACACAAACACAAAUUCAACGAGUGGCUGCAUGUAUGUGCUAUUACAACGUAGCAACUAAACUUCCUUUCUUGCUCGAAGACAGGGCCGGUUCACUUUCUAUAUCGUGUGCUGUUGAUUUGGGUUUUAUCAUGAGCGCGAACACCGAUUGUGUCAAUGUUCCUGUGAGCUCAAGGCAAGGGAGAGAAUAGUACAAUAAAAAAAAAGAUGCAUGUUUGGAAGUUUUUCUUUCUUCUUGAAGAAGAGAAAAUAAAAUGGCUUGUUCAAUAUAUGGGACAAGCGUUUCAUGCUGCAAAUAAUAAUGAAUGAUUUUCAGGGGCAACCAAGGUCUUCUUUUGUUGAUUUAUCAUAAUGUAAGGCAAUGAAUUACUAUGAAAUGAAAUGCAAAAUGAAAACUAGUUGGUUUUAAAA